AUGUCGGCAAAGAUUCCGAGGUUCCUAGUCGAUGCGCGCGUGCGGGCAAAGCGCGGCCACACUGCCCGGGAAACCGCGUCCUGCGCGCGGCCACGGAAGGACCCGGGCGACCGCCAGGUAAGCCAGCGGCCCCGAAGCCCAAGCGCGGAGGCGCGGGGCCGUGGCGGGCACCGUCGGGGACACCGCGUGCUGCACACGGCGGCUUCUCCAAAAGUGGCUGACGGCGGCAAGCAGCGCGCCCCGACAACCCGGAGCAGGGACGCCAGAAUCCCGAGGCCCAGGCCGCCCAGGAGCCACAGCAAGUGCCCGGUGGCCCCCAUGUCUUCCGCCGUGGCCCCGGCUACGGAGCCCAACGCCAUGGGCCCCAAGGCGGUGGAGCUGGUCCUGAUCAAGGAGCAGAAUGGGGUGCAGUUCACAAGCUCCACCCUCAUCCGCCCCACGCAGACCCUCGCGGAGCCCCAGGAACGGGAGACCUGGAGCAAGAAGAUCGACUUCCUGCUGUCGGUGAUCGGCUUCGCCGUGGACCUGGCCAACGUCUGGCGCUUCCCUUACCUGUGCUACAAAAACGGCGGCGGCGCCUUCCUGGUCCCCUACUUGCUUUUCAUGGUCAUUGCUGGAAUGCCCCUCUUCUACAUGGAGCUGGCCCUGGGGCAGUUCAACAGGGAAGGUGCCGCUGGCGUCUGGAAGAUCUGCCCCAUCCUGAAAGCCCCGUCUGAAAACACGCAUUUGGCGUCCUUCAUCCGCCUCCCAAGUGUCUGCACCGUCGCACCCGCGAACGUGUGUGAGGCCUUGUGGGGGGCCGAGCUGUGGCUGGGCCUUCAGUCGUGCGGCCCCCUCAAUGCUGCCGUCCCAGAGACCUCUGUGGGCAGCCGGAGCCAUGAGACCCAGUGCCGCCGGCUCUUCCCCUCCGAGAGUGGCGACAGCGUCUGUAGGUCCUGCGUCAUUGCCCUGAGCUUGCUCAGCCUCAUCCCUGCUGCGGACACCCCAGGACCGCCGCGUGGUGUGCUGCACCUUCAUGAGAGCCAUGGCAUCGACGACCUGGGCACCCCUCGCUGGCAGCUCACGUCCUGCCUGGUGCUGGUCAUCGUCCUGCUCUACUUCAGCUUGUGGAAGGGAGUGAAGACUUCUGGGAAGGUCGUGUGGAUCACAGCCACCAUGCCCUAUGCGGUCCUCUUUGCCCUGCUUCUGCGAGGACUCACUCUCCCUGGGGCCGUCGACGGCAUCCGAGCGUACCUGAGCGUAGACUUCCGCCGACUCUGCGAGUCUUCUGUCUGGAUAGAUGCCGCCACCCAGGUGUGCUUCUCGCUGGGCGUGGGCUUUGGGGUGCUAAUCGCCUUCUCCAGCUACAAUAAGUUCACCAACAACUGCUACCGAGACGCGGUCAUUACCACGUCCGUCAACUCCCUGACGAGCUUCUCCUCCGGCUUCGUGGUCUUCUCCUUCCUGGGGUACAUGGCCCAGAAGCACAGCGUGCCCAUCGGAGAUGUGGCCAAGGACGGGCCUGGGCUGAUCUUCAUCAUCUACCCUGAGGCGCUGGCCACACUCCCACUGUCCUCCGCCUGGGCCGUGGUCUUCUUCAUCAUGCUGCUCACCCUGGGGAUCGACAGCGCUAUGGGCGGCAUGGAGUCCGUGAUCACCGGGCUCAUCGACGAGUUCCAGCUGCUGCACCGGCACCGGGAGCUCUUCACCCUCUUCAUCGUCCUGGCGACCUUCCUCCUCUCCCUCUUCUGCGUCACCAACGGCGGCAUCUAUGUGUUCACGCUGCUGGACCACUUCGCGGCCGGCACGUCCAUCCUCUUCGGGGUGCUCAUCGAGGCCAUCGGGGUGGCCUGGUUCUACGGCGUGCGGCAGUUCAGCGACGACAUCAAGCAGAUGACGGGGCAGCGGCCCAGCCUGUACUGGCGGCUGUGCUGGAAGUUUGUGAGCCCCUGCUUCCUCCUGUUUGUGGUGGUGGUGAGCGUCGUGACCUUCAGGCCGCCGCACUACGGAGCCUACGUCUUCCCCGAGUGGGCCAACGCCCUGGGCUGGGCCAUCGCCACAUCCUCCAUGUCCAUGGUGCCCGUGUACGCGGCCUACAAGCUCUGCAGCCUGCCGGGCUCCCUGCGGGAGAAACUGGCCUACGCCAUCACGCCCGAGCAGGACCGCGAGCUGGUGGACAGCGGAGAGGUGCGCCAGUUCAGGCUGCGCCACUGGCUCCUGGUGUAGAGGCUGCAGAGGAGGGCCGGGCGGCGGCCGCGAAGAAGGGAAGGCGGGAGUCCGAGAGAGGCGGCGGCUCCC